CUUAUUUAUCAUGUGGAUAUAUUAUUGGUAUGGCAUAUACCGAAAUGAGUGAACUGCUAUAAAUCCUGGGUUUUCUUUUAUCAUGAGGUAUAUGGUCAGUAUUCUAUCAAAUUGUUGGUAUGGGUUAUUAAGAUAUAUUAGAAGUCACCUUUUAAGCUAACAUGGACGACAUAACACAUUCUAACAACGUAACAAGGACGGCUUACAACUUUUCAAGUCUGUGUGUUGGUAGUGAUGAUUGUCCAGGCGAUAGAUCAGAUGGUACAAUAACCGUUAUACCUGGCACUGUUGUUGUCAUUGUUGCUAUGGUGAUAGAACUUUUUGUAAUAUUAACUAUUACUUUUAUUAGAAAAUUGCGAGAAGGCCGACCACAACGACAACUUUCCAAAUUUGUUCAAGUGCUUCAUUGUUGCAGUCAUAUUUCAUCAUUGUUCGUCUUUUUAUUGGGAUUUUAUAUUGACGGUUCUAAUAAUUAUAUAUUAUGUGCUGCAAUAGCCGUUAUAUUACAUUACUUUGUAUUGAUGACCUUUGUAUGGGGUGUUAUAGAAAUGGUCACAAGUUACCUAUUAUAUAUUAUAUUUCAUGGAUUAGAUUUUAAUGGAUUACGAUGGAAAUUCCUUCUCAUUGGCUCAGUGUUACCUGUGAUACCUGUUAUAGCCCUGAUAUCAUUUCAAUUAAACAGUUACAAUACAAUUAGAGAUAUAUGCUGGAUCAGACCAAACUAUAUUUAUUAUUUUUUGUUCAUACCAGCGGGUGUAGCAUUUACACUCUCUUUCAUCGGUUUCACUAUCAUCUUCGUUAUCACCAUUAGAAUGCCAUCCAUGACAGCUCCAGCGCGUGCCACCAGAAAACGAAUUUUAAAGAGAAUAACUUUUCUACUUGUGGCUCUGAUUUUUAAUGGUUUGAGCUGGAGUUUUGGAUAUCUGGUAUCAUCUGAAGAUAGUGUAUUGUUUUACUACUUGAUGAGUGUAUCAACUCUUCUAUACGGACUGGUUAUGUUAAAGAGAUCCCUCGAUCCUAAAUCUAGAAUAAUUUGGAGAAAUAUGUUAAAGCCACCUCCUCAGACAACUACCUGGGUCUAUCGAGAAAUAUGUUAAAGCCAGUUCCUCAAACAACUACCCGGGUCUAGCAAGAAAGAAGUCAAAUCCAGCUCCACAGACAACUACCCGGGUCUAACAAGAGAGAUGUUAAAGCCAUGGAGUUCCUAAAACAGCUACCCGGGUCUAGAUAGAAUGAAGUCAAACCCUUCUUCUCAAACAACUACUUAUGUCUAGCGAGAGAGUUAUUUAAGCCUGUUCCUCAAACAACUACUCAGGUCUAGCGAGAAAACAGAAUUUUAUAAUCGAUGCCAAAAUGAUUGACCACCAUUGUGUGUAUCAUUGAUAUUUUCUAUUUAAACUUGAAGAAUGUGACGUUGCUUUGAACUUUAUAUUUUACUGGAAAUGAAGUAAACACUGCCCCUCUAUACUCCAUGCCAAAACGCUUUAACACCAUUUUUUUAUUUCGAAAUCGAAGAACCCAAUGAACUUUGUAUUCCAGGCCUACCGGAAGGGAAGUAUAUAGUCCCUUUAAUUUCAUCAGCUUUAUAACCAAAGCGUAAAUGAAUCUCGUUUAUAAUUAUUUUUGUAAAUUAAACAAAAUGGUUUUCUGUCUAA